AAAAAGCUAAAAAAUAGAAAAGUUAUGGUGACCGWGUAGCAUAUCGUUAUGUCAGGGGUAGCAGCGAGGGAUUGGAAAUAGAUUGAUAUAGACUCUUGGAGUUAAUGGGAAUGUASCCCUAACGUGAGGACAAAYGUCAAAAUAAUGGAUUCUAGUUCCAAACAGGGMAAAACUCUCUUCUUUUGUCCUCCAGAUAAAGGUGUAUAUUUGGGAUACCAUUCARUCUUAUCCACAGAGGMCGCACAUUUUCUAACCAGCGGAAGUCAAUGCGUGACGGUGGCUGUAGAGACCUUGUUUAUCUCAAAUGUCAUACCAACGAAACAUUCACCGGUCUGGUGAUCAAAUCUUUGACAAUCUUAGCUCCAGGAUUGACUGACUGCCAGCGUGAAUGUUUCCUGGAAACCAAAUGUGUGUCUUACAACUUGGGACCAAUACAACGAGAAACCAGAAGGUGUGAGUUGAACGCCGGUGACCACUGGAUGCUGCGGGCUCAACUCGUACCAAAGCAAGGGUAUGAGUACUGCCCCCUCAAGAAUCCAUGUUCGUCGGGUCCUUGUCAGGGUAGAGAGAUCUGCCGACCUGAUUUUGGCUGGAAUUCAUUCUCUUGCUCUUCAGAUGGGAUGUGGUCUUUUUGGGGAUCAUGGCAAAGCUGUUCGUGUGGCGAUUCCCAUCGUAAUCGUACCUGCCUGUCUGGAAAUGGCUGCUCUGGAAAUGACUAUGAAAAGAAGCAAUGCAGAAUGGGAAUAGAAUACCCCAUUGUUAAAACUAAAGAAGGCAAACAAUGCACAUUUCCAUUCAACUACGAAGGACGAUGUUUCGACGCCUGCACAAAGUAUGACUGGGAUUUGCUCUGGUGCUCGUACGAUACAGAGUAUAGUGGAAAWUGGGGAYAUUGUGUUUAGAUGGCUUAGCUGCAGGCUUUGAUACUUCACUAAUUCCUAAACAACACACGAUGCACCAGCAAAUAAUUGUUUUUGCGGUUUAACAGCACAGCUYAAUACACUUGCGUUUAUCGAGAAAAAAUCGAAUGCUAAUAAAAGUAACUAAAAGAAUUAUGAAUCUCGUUUUUGGGUCUCAGCGCGGAUUCGCAUCCCCAAAACCACCCACCACUAGGUAGAUCCGUCACUGGAGAAGCCUCAUUAGUCUCAUGAAGAUUACCUGGUUGUCUAUCAAUCUAUACUGCAAACG